UCUAGGUUUGAAAACCCCUGAUAUAAUAUAUCCAGAAAACGUUUCCAAAAUGUAAGCGAGAAGUUGAUCAUUUCAGGGACCGCUCCACUCAGAGGCCUCCCUCACAGUGUAGACCUCUCCGCUCGCCUGCAGGCGUCCCCCUCUGCGCCUGUCAUAUGAUCAGCUUCCCGUUUGUUUGUGUUCAUGCAGCAAGCUAACCGCUUCCCACUAUGAAACCUCCGCAUCUCUAUCCAAACUAAACCUGUAAUCAACACCGAUCCCACCUCAAUCACUCAACCAGAGCCUGCAGAGUCCACACAGACAGAUCAGAGGGAUUCAAAGCUUUAAAAACGGGGUUAUAAUGUCGAUCGAGUACGAGCAGCAGCUAGCCGGAAGCCUGGUGGACUCUUUCCCUAAAGAUUUCGGCUACGGCGUGGAAAACAUGGAUAUGAUGCAGGAAAACCUGGAAAACUCUCCGUCUGCAGACAAUAAACCCAGAAUCCUGCUGAUGGGACUGAGGCGCAGCGGGAAAUCCUCCAUCCAGAAGGUGGUGUUUCAUAAGAUGUCCCCAAACGAGACACUCUUCCUGGAGAGCACCAACAAGAUCUGCAAGGAUGAUAUCUCUGGCAGUUCCUUUGUAAAUUUUCACAUAUGGGACUUUCCAGGGCAGGUGGACUUUUUCGACCCUACAUUUGAUUAUGAGAUGAUUUUCAGGGGCACCGGCGCGUUGAUUUUCGUCAUCGAUGCUCAGGAUGACUAUGUAGAAGCAUUAGGCCGGCUACAUUUGACGGUGUCGCGAGCGUUCAGGGUGAACCCGGAGAUCAAUUUUGAGGUGUUUAUACACAAGGUGGAUGGUUUAUCAGACGAUCAUAAGAUAGAAACGCAGAGAGACAUUCAUCAGAGGGCUAACGAUGAUCUAGCCGAUGCCAGUCUGGAAAAGCUUCACCUCAGUUUCUAUCUCACCAGCAUCUAUGAUCACUCGAUAUUUGAGGCCUUCAGUAAGGUGGUCCAGAAACUCAUCCCUCAACUGCCCACUCUGGAAAACCUCCUCAACAUAUUCAUUUCUAAUUCUGGGAUUGAGAAAGCGUUCCUGUUCGAUGUGGUCAGUAAGAUCUACAUCGCCACGGACAGCUCUCCAGUGGACAUGCAGUCAUACGAGCUCUGCUGUGAUAUGAUCGAUGUCGUCAUUGACGUCUCAUGUAUUUACGGCCUAAAAGACGACAGCAGCAGUAACGCUUAUGAUAAGGAGUCUCUGGCCAUCAUAAAGCUGAACAACACCACAGUGCUUUACCUGAAGGAGGUCACCAAGUUCCUGGCUCUGGUCUGCAUCCUGAGAGAAGAGAGCUUUGAGAGAAAAGGUUUGAUAGACUACAACUUCCACUGCUUUCGAAAGGCCAUCCAUGAGGUAUUCGAGGUGAGCAGCUCCACCCAGAGGACAGGAGUGGCGGUGCAGUCCAGCCCCCCCAGCUGCAGCGGUAACGGCCUGGCCCGACUCAAAUCCUCAGCGCUGAACGGUACACCCAGGAGCCUGGUUUAACCCAGGACACACGGACCUCUAAGAACACAGGGCCUUCACACUAGUGCGCUGAACGUGCACUAACGUACACGUGAGAUUACUGGAGCGUCUCUCUACUUAUACCUGCUGUUCCAGGACAUGAGAGACACAACAGGACACUCAUACAGGACAGACUACAUUGCUGCUUUUUUAUGAUAUUUUGAUGUGUGUGAGAGAGAGAGAGUGAGAAUGUGUGCAGAUGCAGCAUCAGCUGUUAUAAUGGGGGAAAUGGGAAAACUUUAGCCAACAUAAUGAGGCACAAUUAAAUGAUUAAAUGGUAAAUACAGUCUCAAAACUAUAUCAUUAUGUGUUUAUGGUGGCCAAAAGUGCUGUCUAGAUAGGGUGCUCACUAAGUUUUGAGACGCAUUCCAUCUUUCAGAAGUUUGAGGGUGAAUUUUACAAAAAAACAUGUUCAAGUAACAUUUCACAAACAAAUCAAAAUGGGGGAAAAAAAGGCUUAAAUUAUGCCUAUUUUUAGGUGCAUUAAAUAUGUUUGCAUUGUGAUAAAACGCAUUUUACCCAAAUUCUCAUUGCCAUAAUAGGUCAGAAAAUUUUACUAUUUUUAUUUUUUGUAAUUCAUAUUCACAAUUUUUUUUUCAAUUGUCAUUACUUUAAUGCAGUAUUUUAAUUGUAUUACAGUAAAAAACUGUAAACUUUAUUUAAAUUAGUAUAAACGUUGUAUGAUAAAGACCAUGUAAUUCCUUACCAUUCAAUAUAAUAUAUUUUAUUUAUUUUUUUCACUUUUUUUCACUU